GCAAUGGCGGACGACGAUGUGGAAAUCGAGGACUUCAGUGUGACUGACUGGGACUUAGAGAAUGAGUUCAAUCCUAAUAGGACUCGAUACAGGCAGACCAGGGAGGACCGGAUCUACGGGAUUUGGGCUGAAAGAGCCGGGCCCUCCGCGGCAGGUGCGGACGAUGAUGACGACGAUGACGGAGAGGCUGCCGGAGGGGGUAGACCUUCGUUCCGUGGAGCUCCUGGAGGUAAAUCAACGAACAUCGCUUUCGUGUCCAGCGGUUCAUCUCUUUACAACGAGAAGCCUCAGGAAGAUGAGGACAAUCAGGAGAGCGUCGAGUUCAAGAAAGCCCGGAAGAAACCUCGGAGCAUGGCCGGGCCUUCCGGAGUUUUCGCCGGUGAGAGGAGCGCUCUGGGCUCCUCGAUCGGGACUUGGGAAAAACACACGAGAGGGAUGGGCGCGAAACUGCUGCUACAGAUGGGUUACCAGCCUGGGAAAGGUUUGGGGAAAAACCUCCAGGGUAUCUCCGAACCGGUCGAGGCGACGGUGCGUAAGGGAAAAGGAGCCAUAGGGGCGUAUGGACCCGAGAAAGCGGCGCAGAGAAUCGCCGAGCUCGAGGAAGGAGAGACGAAGCAGAAGCGCGAGGCCAACCAAUGGCGGAAGGGUGAAAAAAAGAUAAAGUACAUUUACAAGUCACUCGAAGAAGUACAGAAGGAGAGCGGGGUUUUCGUGGAACGUCAGAUAGGUCCCAAGGGCAAGGUCAUCGACAUGACGGGACCGGAACAGAGGGUGCUCUCGGGCUAUCAUCAAAUAGCUCAGCAGCAUCAUAGGCCGGAGGAAGACAUUGGGACCAAAGGUCCUCAGGGAAACUUCACGCUGCCCGAGUUGGAAGACAAUCUGGAUGUGCUCAUCAAAGCUUGUGAGUCCGAUAUCAAACGAAGUACUCGUCGCAUCGAAAGUGAGCAAGAUCGCAUCACGAAUUUGAAGUUCCAACAGGAGCGCGUCGACCUUGAGAGGGAGGAAAGCGAAAAAGUCGCACGAACUCUGUCCAAACUGGCCGCGUCCCUGGCUGAGCUGGAAGCCGGUUGUGGACCCCAAGCCAUACGACGUCUGAGCGUGGGGGAGUUGUGCAUAAAAUUCCGGAGACUCGUGGAUGAAUUUGAAACCGAAGUCAAUCAAUUCGAGUUGCUCGAUUUGGCCCCGUUGAUAAUUUUCCCUCUCAUGAAAGAUUUCCUUUCCGCGUGGAAUCCCCUCGAGAACCCACGGUACGGGAUCGAAGUGUUUCAGCAAUGGCAAGCCAUCCUGGAGCGACCGCACCGACCACGCAACGCACCCGAUUACUACCACAACCUGAUGUGGGAGGUCUGGUGUCCGCCGGUACGCCACGCGAUUUUCCGAUGGUCCCCGCGGAACCCUGUGUCCCGUCUCCAAGAAGAAAACAGAUUGGUGGUGCUUCUGGAAACCUGGAAGUCGUUGAUCCCAGCCGGUGUGCUGAAACACCUGUACGAACAGAUCAUUCUCCCGAAAAUCCAGCAGGAAGUCGAUCAGUGGGACCCACUCCAGGACACUGUCCCCAUCCACACGUGGAUUCAUCCGUGGCUGCCGCUGAUGUCCGAUUUGUUGGAACCGGUCUACCAACCGAUCCGCAUGAAAUUGGCCCAUGCCCUCACGAAAUGGCACCCGAGCGACAGUUCCGCCAAGGCGAUCCUGGAACCCUGGGUCGGCGUCAUGCCGAAAGGUUCUCUCGAAGCCUUCAUCGCGACCAACAUCAUUCCGAAGUUGGGUGUCGUACUCCAAAACUUCGUCAUCGAUCCAAGGAAUCAAGAAUUCAAAUCCUGGGAAUGGUUCACCGAUUGGGCAGACGUGGCUCCCGCUCCAGCUCUGGCUGCUGUGCUCGACAAGUAUUUCUUCCCUAAGUUCCACCCAGUGCUGUUCCAGCUGCUGCAAACAUCCCGGAACUAUGAAGACGUCUCGCAUUGGUUCUCCGGCUGGAAGGCCGCUUUUCCUGAUCAACUGCUCCAGGACGUCAGAAUUCGGGAGCAGUUCCGUCUCGCAUUGGAUACGAUGAAUCGGGCCGUCUCAGGGCAGCCAUUCCACGCUGUGAGAACGCCGGAAACUUUCAGUGCUCAGGUCCCGUCCGUGCAGCAACAAGCCCGCGAGAGAUCUGUUGCGGCACUGCUCGCGCAAAGCUCGAAAGUGACUUUCAAGGAAGGAUUGGAGCAGCGGGCGUACGAAAAAGGAAUCCUCUUCGCGCCCAUCCCGAAUCGCAAGCAAGACGAACGACAAGUUUACCAACUCGGAAACAGUAUACUGUAUCUGGAACGCAACACUAUAUUUGUAUAUAACGGUAAAACCUGGGUGCCGACGUCGAUGGAGAGUCUCUUGGACAGCUGCUAA